UUUAAAAAAAUAUUCCAAAGGAGAAUCUCAACAUUAUUUAAUUAUUUCAAUGCAGUCGACAUCAUCAGAAGACACAAAGUUUCCACCAAUUUUAAAUUCAAAUUUAAUUAAGAAGCAAAAAACAAAUUUAAACAGUCAAGUAUUAAUUACUGCUUUGGGGAAAAGUAGAAAAGAGGAAAGACAUUUAUUUCAUAAUUGUAUAGAAUUUGUGGCUAUACAGGAUCAUAUACUUGAAUCUGUUUGUAGACAUGAAAAUAUUAAAGAAGACGAAUGUCAGGUCUGUCGCUUUGAAAAACAAUUGGGUUUACCUCAUUUACCAGAAAUGAUAUUCCCUUUUAAUAAAAUUGGAAUUUAUUGUGAUGGAAAUCUUGUUAUUGAAUUUAAUGCUUUUGAUGCUCUUAAAGAAGUGAAUAAAGAACAAUUACCUGAUUUUAAAGUCGGCCCAAGUACUGUUUGGCAAAAUGCUCGGCCAGAGACUUUAUCUCGAGAAUUUCAAAAACCUUUUGACUGGACAUAUACAAGUAAUUAUAAAGGUACUUUGGGGAAAAAUAUAAAAAUAGAAAAGGGGAAUAAUGUUAAAAUUAAUUAUGAAAAAUUAAAAAGAAAAGAUCCAAUUCAAUUUUAUUCACAAAUUGCUUUAUAUGAGGAUGAAUUGGCAGAUAAUGGAUGUGCACAGUUUAAUGAACAAAAAAAGCAGUUUUUUGCCCUCAACUUUUAUUUAAAAAAGAUUUAUUUCGGAGACAACAAAAAAAUAAUAAUUUUUUUAAAGAUGAUGAUUAGAAUAAGAAUAAUGCCUGACACUUUUUUUGUUUUGUGUCGUUUUUAUCUUCGAGUUGAUCACGUGAUGGUUAGAAUUUUAGAUACACGUUUAUAUGGUGAAAAAGAAAAUAAUUUAUAUUUGAUAAGAGAAUGGACUAAAAAAGAAGAAAAUUAUUCAAAAUUAAAUAAAGAGGCUUUAAAUUAUAUUUUGGAUCCAACAGAAUUAUUUAAUUAUUUACCUUUAAUUGAAUCUGAGACAACAAAAAUAUUUUAUAAAUAA